AUGGCUGAAGCGAACAAAGAGGAGAUCGAGAAGUGCAAGCAGAUUGCUCAAGCGGCGCUCGCGAAUGGAGAUGCGGAAAAGGCAUCACGGUUUCUGCAGAAGGCGAAGCGCAUGUGUCCAACGGACACAUCUAUCGACGAUCUGCUGGCCAAGGCCGCGUCGGGCGGCGGCGCGUCUCCCCCGGCCUCGGGUAAAAGCGCCGGCGCUUCCGCGGCCGCCUCGCCCUCCGCGUCGGCGACGGCGAGCGAGGGCCCCCGACACCGGGGGCAGGCGGCCGGAAACGUGCGGACCACCAAGGAUGGAAAGCAGUACACCCCUGAGCAGAUGCAGCUGGUCCAGCGGAUCUUGCGCACCAAGGACUACUAUGACAUUCUCGAGGUCCCCAAGAAUGCUGGUGAAGAUGUCGCAAAGAAGGCAGGAGAGCAGGCGUUCAAGAAGCUGUCGAAGGCUUUCCAGUGCCUCACUGACCCACAGAAGAAGCAAGUCUAUGACACCUACGGGGACGAGGAGCGUGUGCCCAUGCAGCAACGGCACUACCAACAAGACUUCAUGACCCCGGAAGACCUCUUCGCGGCCUUCUUUGGCGGCGGUCCGGCGUUCCAGCAAACCCGCACGCAGCAUCACCACGGGGACGAUGGGCAAAUGCAGCGGGUACAGAUCUUCCAAGCCCUGCCCGUCCUGCUGUUGGUCUUGCUCACCUUGGCCUCCAACUUCGCCAAGGACGGCGGCAGCAAAUUUUCCUUCCAGGCCAACAACUCCUACCGCAACGAGCGGAGCACGGCGACGUUGAACGUGGCCUACUUCGUCACCGACGACUUCGACGAGCACUACUCAGACGGAACGAGAGCCCUUGCCGAGUUUGACCAUCAAGUCGAGAUUUAUCACGUGCGCAGCCUCAACAGCGACUGCGACUACCAGGAAAAGAAUCAGUACAAGAAGGUCCUCGCAGCGAAGCGAAGAGGAAACUCGGAGGAGUUGGCGGCGGCCCGGAACCUCCCGCGGCCAGCGUGCAAGGAGCUGGAGCGAGUCAAGAAGAAGUUCCCCAAGCUCUUCCGCUCCGCCAUGUACAUGGGCGGAUACUGA